AACUAAUGAAGAUAUACGCUUGUCUAUAGGUAUCGGCGUGAACUUCACUUACUUUGUCAACUAUUUACUUUUGUCACUGCAUGUGUUCAGACAUUUAGAGAGCACAGAGAAGCUACAAAAACUUUACACCGGCUUGCUACUUGUGUAUAGUGCAUUGUUUCUUCCUUCUGUAUUACACAGAUAUCAUAAACUAACUAUAUACAGUAUACUGUUACUAGAUCUAAAGGCGACUUAGAUUCCUGCUAGACUCGCAAGCCGUCACUGUUGUGCAGGCGAACAGUACUAUACUGUUCGCCUGCAACAGUGACGGCUUGCAAUCCUGCUGGGGCAUCCGAACAACAAUUCUACGUGUAAGAAAAUGCACUGAAAAUCACAGUGACGUGCUUUAUAUUAUGCUAAUUCCCAAAAUUCGCCUUUUUUAGCGGCCGGCCGCUGGGGCUAAUGCCCCCAUAUUUUGUUCCAUUUGGCUGGAGAAGUUGGCACCUAUGAUUCUUACAUUGUAUUUUGUAUUUACAUUAAACAGUUACCUGAACUCCCCCACAUUUUUGUAGGGGAGUUUCCCUACUUUCAGUUUGUUUGGCUAGCUUUGUGGUAGAUUGUGUACACAGAUCUAACUAACUGCUAGAGUAGUUAUGGCUACUACUACUAAACGUUUUUUUAUGGUCCAUCAUGAUGACUUUGAAAAUCUUUUAAACCUGAAUGAACUAGUCCCAUUUCUAAACAAGCAACAGCUUCUGACAAGUGGUGAAAUGGAACAAUUGAUGUCGCUGAGUCGAACUAGACAAGAUAAGAUACGGGACCUAGUUAAUAUCAUGUGCAUAAAAGGGGAUCAAGCUCCCUCAUUAUUCAUAAAGUGUGUUCGUGACGCAACAGAACACAUUGCUCAUUUUGAUCUGACAAAAAAAUUGGAGAGUUGGCUUCUAAAGAAUUCUAAAACUGACACGUUAAUUACAAGUUCUGGUUCUGAACCUACCUCCAGUACUCAACAACCUUCAAGUGAGCAGCAACCUAAAUCUAGAGCCACCACAAUCCAAGGUGAUUCUUUGAAAAGACAACAACACAAUUCUGGCCAAAGUUUCGAUUCGCUUUCUAAACGGCCGCGACUCUCCACUCGAAAUGAAAUGGUGGCUGAGGAAACUCCACUAGUACCUAUUGAAGAUCAGACAUCAUCCAGUAGCCUCCCUCAGGUUAUCGAUGUUCACCAAAGCCUAGGGGCAAAUACCGCAGUAGCUGUCAGUACUUGUCAGCAAGAGAGCACACAUCUGACUGUAUUACAGGAUUCCAUAGAGCAGGGAAAAAUGAUAAGUAUCUCCUCAGGUACACACCAGAUGGAUGAAGAGGAGAGAACUUCAUCAACUAUUGGUUCUAGAACCGAAGAAAGCGAUCGCUCACCAGAACAACCAAGCACCUCUCAAUCUAACCUGCAAUUUCGUCAGCCCCCACACGAAUUUGGUCGGCAAUACAUACCUCCGUCACGUGAUGAUCAAAGUCAUUAUUCAUCACCCUUAGUACGUUCUAGUUCCACUAGCUCAGAACGACAUUCAAUAGAUGAAUCUCCUCUUCAAUUAUUUAUUGAAACUUUGAGAACCUCUUAUGCAGAUGAAAAGUUUUUCAAAAAAUCUGCUGGUCUUAACAAACGAAAGAUCGAAUUCAUUAAUCUAGCACUUAUCAAGAAGAAAGGAGUGAGCCCUGCAGAUGCAGAGAAUGAUAAAUUUCUGCAGAGCACAUUACACGGCUCUAUAGAUGACAUCAUUAAGAAGAAGGAGGAUAUUGAUUUGCAAGAAAUUUUCAAUUACGGCAAAAAAGGAUCGAGGAAGCUCGUACUAGUCGAAGGGGCUCCUGGUGUUGGAAAGACAAUGCUUGCUUUAAAAAUAUGUCAACUAUGGGCCAAUAAAAAUCUGCUAGAUGAAUACGAUAUGGUGCUCUUGGUAACCCUCAGAAGAUUCCAGGGAAAAUCGUUAGUGGAGUUGAGUGAUCUGCUCAUAUACCUGCAAGGCCCCCUCCGUGCUGAGGCUACCAACGAGUUAUUCAGAUCACAAGGUGAUAGAACUUUGUUCAUUCUCGAAGGCUGGGACGAGUUGCCUCCUAAGCUACACAGAGAAGGCUCGAUCUUUUUUGACAUUGUCGAUGGCAGUGUGUUACCGAAAGCUUCUGUGCUCGUAACUUCUCGUCCCACAGUGACCUCUGGCCUCUAUGACUACAUGGAUGAACGGCAUAUUGAAGUGUUGGGUUUUAGCGCAAAGGAAAUCACACAGUACGUACAACUUCAUGGCGAAGAAAUGUCUGAAACGAUUCACAGCCAUCUCAACAAGUUUCCAAACCUCAAAGCAUUGGCUCACAUUCCGCUCACACUUUCCAUAAUUUGCCAUGUGGCUAGAAAAGAUUUAGCUUUGCCACAUACCCUCACAAAGCUUUAUAACCAGCACAUCUGCAACACUCUUUUCCUAACCUUGAAGAAGUAUUCGAGGUUCAGCUCCCUCCCUGGAGUUUCUUGCUUGGAAGAACUACCGGUUGAAGUUAGGGAAGUUUUCAAUUCCCUUUGUACUUUGGCUCUGGACGGCUUCAAAGAGAAGAAGUUCGUGUACAGCAAAGAAGAUUUGCAGGCUGUUGGUCUCGAACCAACUGCCUUUGACGGCUACGGCCUAUUAAAUGCACCUGUUAUGGCCGUCGCAGCAGGAUUCGAGCAGAUUUAUCAGUUCAAUCAUCUCUCAAUUCAAGAAUUUCUUGCAGCCUAUGAAAUUCAACAUCUGGUUAAUGAUCAACGAGUUUCCCUUCUCAGAGAGUUCCGAAAUGACAAGCAGUUUCAAAACAUUUGGAAAUUUUUCUCGGGGAUUACAAAGCUUGAGAAUGAAUAUUUCAAAGAAUUAAUCAUAUCUGAAACUGGGAAAGCCAAUCGAGAUCAAACCUUUCUUUUACACUGUUUGUACGAAGCCGACAACCCUGCUAUCAGCAAGAAAGCUGCGGAAAAGAUGUUCUAUGUUCUAAACCUUGGUAACAUGCUUCUCAACACUACCGACUGUCUCUGUGCUGCUCACAUGAUCACAUCGGCCGGGGGGGAGUGGCUGGUCGAGUUGAGGGGGUGCAAUAUGGGGGACGAUGGACUGAGGAUAUUCAAGACGUCUCUUUUGACCCACAUUGAGGCCCAUGGAGUACUCGGAUUCACCAUCAAGAGAUUGGACUUGACUCAAAACCGGAUACUAGCAAGAUCUGUUAAGCACCUAGCAGACAUGAUCAACAGCAAGAUGCAGCUGCACUCACUCAUAUUGUCGUCCAAUCCGUUUGGAGACGAGGGCAUGAGGACUCUAACAGGAGCUCUCAAGCAGCCUCACGCAACAACCAAGUCACUCCAUUUCUCAAGCUGUGAGCUGACUAUGGAUUGUACUUUUGAACUAGCUGAUGUCUUGAAAACAAACAGCACAAUAAAUGAACUCUAUAUCGGAUUUGAGCCACUUGGUGACAGCGUUAAAAAUAUAGUGCAGGCACUGGACAAUAAAGACAACAAUACGCUCACUGAAUUAUCACUGAUGAACACAGAUAUGACUUCAACGGGACUUACUGCUCUAGCCCAAAUGGCUCCCGUCAACCAAACUCUUGAAAUCCUAAGACUUGAUCGGAAUAAAUUAAAAGCUGAUAACUGUCAUCUGGUGGCUACUAUUAUUGAGAAGAGCAGCAGUCUUACUCUGAUAGAUUUGUCAAAGAAUCCAAUUGGAGAUGCUGGCUUUGAGCGAGUACUUGAAGCACUGAUUGCUAAACCUAAAGGCUCUCUCAAAAAGUUGGGGGUGUUUGGAUGUGAUGUCACACCAAAGGGACUCAAGAAACUCAUGGAAUUAUUCUCAGUCACGGAAACAUUUGUCGGAAUUCAACUGGGGGGCAAUCAUCUCGGAGACGAGGGUGCUGAACUAGUGGGAGAGGCUUUGAAAAGAAACAGCUCCAAAUCAGUUAACCAAGUUUUAAUGGAGGCUACAAAGGUGACUGACGAAGGAAAGAAGAAGCUCCAGGAGAUCUGUGACUUCAUCAACUCUGGGAGAGAUACAGAGAACAAGUUAGAUCUCAACUACAAGCAUCACUCCGAAGUGGUGCAGAAGAGAAACUCCACCAACUAUCUAUACUUUCUGUAAAAGCAAUGUACAUAUUAAUUAAUUUGCCUGUGGUUUUAUGUACAAUCAUAAUUAUGUGUAUAACUAUAUACUUUCUUUUGUGAGAAACUCCAUUGUGUACAUGUAUAAUGUUGGUAGGCUAGCCAUUGCAUGUGUUGUAGCUAUAAUUAUACAAUUCAGUUUUCAGUUCAAAUGAAUGAAAAUCAAUCUAUAAAUUACGUACUACUGAUGUUCCAACUAUUCACUAAAUAAUAAACGUUUUGG